AUGUACGCCGCUCAGAAUAUAACGCCAACAGUUUUGGAUGCCAUGAAUGGAAAUGUUUCCGAAUGGUAUAACGAAUGCGACAAUGCCAUUAGAAGGUCAGAAAUAGUUCCUGGAACUUACGAAUAUACAACUGCUGUUUCUUAUGGAAACGUAGGUGAGUUUGGAGAAGGUUCUUCAACAACAGUAGAUAUUGCUUGCGACAGGUUUCAUAUAAUUUCUAUUGACAACUCUUUCUUAUACGUGGAACAAGACAUUGAAAUAAAACCUUCUGCCAAGUUGUCUGACAAGAAAGGUUGCAAUGGAAUUUUCUAUGUCGGAUACCAAUAUGCUCCAGAAGUUUUCAUGGGAUAUAAGAUAUAUUCUAACUCUGACUUAGUUCAAACAGUAACAUGGGCAAACUAUGAAUGGUUCGCUUUGAGAAACUCAGUACAACCACAAGCUAGAGAACAAACAGACCAGUAUGCAACUAUUGAGAAAAUAAGAAGACUUGACCCUAACGUUCCAGGAGUUUAUGUUGACCUUUCUGGACAAACUGCAGCAGCAGUAACCAAAGUAAAAUUGAAACUUAGAGUUCCUUUGUCAUCUUUCCUCAUCUUCAGGUUUUUAAGAUACUUGCCAAACUGGGCAGGAAAAAUUUCUAUCGAACUUACUCCAAGCAAAAAUAACUUAGUCAUUGCACCAACACAAGACCCAUUCACUCUUACUGUAGCUGGAACUGGUGGAGCCAAGUUCUGUGACUUUUGCAAAGACAAAGUUGACUUAGACUUUGGUUUCUCAAACCUCAACACUGAAGUAAACUACUACUUCAAUGCUGCUGGAACUGCUUGGGACCCAGUUAAGUUCACAUGCGAAAA